AUGUCGGUCGUCUUCCUCCCCACCGGGCCUCCCACAGUCUCCGUCGAAGAUAUCCAAGCCCUCGCCUCAAAGGCCUCCCUCAAGAUCCCAGACGCAGAAGCAGAACAGUACCGCCACCUCCUCAACGGCCUCGAUGCCACGGCCUCCCAAAUCGCCUCGCUUGCCCCAUACAAGGAACCACGCUUAGCUCCUCUCCCUUCCACCCUCCCCCGAAAAUGGGUGAGACCAGAACCUUCCACCAAUCCCCUAAACGCAUGGAGCCAUCGCGUCUCCAUCUCUUCCCCAAAUCCUGAAAGCCACCAACUCGCCGGAAAGACCGUUGCCGUCAAAGACAAUAUCUCCGUCGCCGGCGUACCAUUAACGGGCGGAACCUUCCCCGAGCUACUGACGGGAAAAAAAGAGUACCCAAUCCCAGAGGUUGACGCCGUAGUUGUAAAUCGCGUGUUAAAUGCAGGCGGAAAGAUAGAGGGCAGCGCGACCUGCGAACACUUCUCCAUGUCCCCCCUCUCCUUCACCUCCGCCACCGGCUGCGUGCAAAACCCCUGGCUCCGCGGCUUCACAACCGGCGGAAGCAGCAGCGGCUGCGCCGCGCUCGUCGGCAACACAGCGUCCAAGCUGUGGCGGGAGCGCCAUGGCAUCGCCCCUCCUUCCGGUCCAGAUGAGAUCGGCGAGGGCGUCGAUAUGGCGAUUGGAGGGGAUCAGGGUGGCUCGAUCCGCAUCCCGGCGUCGUAUGCGGGGAUUUAUGGGCUGAAGCCUACGCAUGGGUUGGUACCGUAUACGGGGAUUAUUAGUUUGUUUCCGAUGAUCGAUCAUACGGGGCCUAUGACGGCGAGUUUGGAGGAUAAUGCGAAGCUUCUUGAGGUGUUGGCGGGAUAUGAUGGGAUGGAUGCGCGUAUGACGCCUGAGACGCCGUUGAAGAAGGAUGUCCCAGACUAUGCUAGCUUACUGGCAGCGUUUGUGAAAGAAAAGGAGGGGAAGGGGGAGUGGAUACCGACUGCCGCGGGCAAGGGAUUGAGAAUUGGGGUCAUCACCGAGGCGUUCGGAGUGAUGGGGCUCAGCGAUGAAGUUAAGAAAGUUGUCAAGGCAGCUGUAGAGCAGUUCCGUACCAUCGGAGCCGAAGUGGAAGAUAUCUCGAUCCCGAUACACCUCGUCGGUCCCUCAAUCUGGACAAUCGCAGCAAGGCCGGGUAUGGGAACAUACGGUAUGAGAAAUCUGCCCAUGCCGCUGCUGACCUAUCCGAUGCCUAGAAUAGCACCACCAGCAAUGACGCAGGAGUCAUUCGAAAUCCUCAACAAGCACAACCCAGCAGUGGUCAAUGUUAUGUUUAACGUGGCACAUCUUUCUGCAAAAGAGGGCGCGGAUGCGCUCAUUGGCAAAGCUAUGAUGCACGUAAUGGAGAUGCGUGCUGACUAUGAUAAGGCUCUAGAGACUUUCGACGUUCUCGUGACGCCUGUAAACCCGAGGGUUGGGAGCAAGCACCCGGAGUAUGGUAUGACAGUCGAAGAGAAAAUGGAUCCGGCGAUUGGGGCAACUCUUAACACAUGUCAAUUCAACGUCACCGGUCAUCCUGGUCUGAGUAUGCCCUGCGGAUGGGGCUCGCUACCAGAUCGAAAGGGAAAAUUACCAGUUGGCAUGCAGUUGAUAGCGAAGAGAUUUGACGAAGAGAACAUCUUCAGGGCUGCGGCCGCUUGGGAAGUAGGAGGGAAAGGGCUGGAUAAAUGGGACGGACGAUAGACAAUGCCGCUGCGAUUUUUUUAGGUUUAUAGAAGUGCGGUCGACGGGAAAUCCUGAAAGUCCUGGCCAAUAGUUCAUAGAU